AUGUUCACAUUUCCACUGCCAAAAAAUAAGAGUGAGCACUUUCAAUUUGUGCAAGAAGGAGUUGCAAAUAAAUGGAAUUCAUCUGCUAAGGAAUUAUUUCGAUUCGUUCAGAUAAAAGGCAUGACAAAAGAGUCUGAUAUCCUUGAUGCCUUCGAAAAUAUUCACCAAGCGUGUUUGUCAGAAAUUGAUCCGAAUCUCACCUUCAAAGAGUGUUAUGUCACGUUCAUGGUCAUAAAAGAAAGGUACCUUUUUACCGUCAACGAAAAAUACCUACAUGUUGACGGGUAUACACUGGAGAUUGCAAUUGAGCCUAUGUGGGAUACCCUAACAAGAACAUUUGACGAUUUAAGCCUCGACAACUACCCGGACGAACAGUUUUGGAAAAGACACCCAGAUUUUCUGACUUUUGAAUAA